AUGGAAGUGGGAGGGGAGCUGGGAGAGGCAGCGCGAGAGCUAACUGGACGAGGCGGGAAAAGAGCUGCGCACGCGCAGUUUGAAGCUCCGCCCUGGCUAGGGAAGGUGGCGGCGGCGGGCGGGGUGGCGAAGGGGCCGAGGCCCGAGUCGGGGGCUAAGCCCCACCAGGCAUUCCCCCCCACUCCCUCUCCCGGGGGGAGGAGCUCUGUGGAGGGAGCGUCUUUGGACCCGUUGCAGCUGCUGGAGGAAGAGCUGAGAAGCGUUCGGGAGGAGCUAUGCCAGUGCCAGGCUGAUAAAGAAUUUGUGUGGUCUUUAUGGAAGCGCCUCCAUACAGCAAACCCAGAUCUCACAGAAGCAGUCAGUCUGGUUGUGGAAAGAGAAAAAACUAAAGCUGAAGCCAAGGAUAGAAAAGUGUUAGAAAUUUUGCAAGUCAAAGAUGCUAGAAUAAAAGAGUUGCAAAAGAGAGAAUCAGGAUUACAACAGGAAAUAAAUACCCUUGUAGAAAAGAAAAUUGCUGUGGAUGAAGAAAAUGUUUUCUUAAAGAAAGAAUUGAGUGACUUGCAGAAGAAAUUUAAAGAUCAAAGUCAAGAGCUUAAGAACACUAAGGAGAGGGUACAGAAGAAGGAAGAGAAAAACAUACUAAUUAUCAAAGAGCUGGAGGAGGAAAACAAGGAAUUAAGUAUACGCUGUGCUGAACUGCUAAAUGAUCUGGAGAACCUGAGGAAGCAGGAAACACAAUGGAAAAAAGAAAAACAUGACAUUGAUUGCAAAAUGAAGAUUUCUGCAGCGGAUUUAAUUGAGGCAAAGAGAAAAAUCGAGGAAUCACGGCUUAAAUGCAAAGAAUUGACAUUUCAAUUGAAUCAAAAGCAGGCUGAAAUAAAGCAGAAGGAUGUGGAUAUCAUUUUAGUCAAUAAAGAGUUGCAGGAGCUGCAGAAUUUUUACCAACAAAACCAGGAACACACAGCACACCAGGCAGAGCUGAUCCGGCAACUUCAUGUUCUCAAUAUGGAUACACAGAAAGUACUGAGAAAUCAGGAAGAUGCCCACACAGUUGAAAGUAUAUCCUAUCAAAAACUUUACCAUGAAUUACUAAUUAAUUUUGAAGCAAAAAAAGCAACUGAGUCUUUGCUCCGGAAAAACAUUAUUUGUCUUAAGGAUCAACUAGUUCAAAAGGACCAGGAUAUAAUGCAAUUGACAGAAAAAAUUAAUGAAUUUGAAAAAACUUCACACUUAGUAACUCGUACCAUCUUUCUAAAUAAUAUGGAACAGGAAUUUCAACAGCCAUCCCUUUCUAGUCUGGAAACCAUGAUGGUGUCACAAAAGUCUGAAAUUGACUUUUUACAGGAGAAAUUGAAAAUAGCAAAUGUUAAGCUAUCAGAGAAGAGUUCCUCUACCAGUAUUCACAUAGGAAGCAUCAUCUCAGGAUUUGGAAGAAUUUAUGAGGAACCACCUGUGAAACGUUCAAGGUCUCUGUCCCCAAAGACGUGUUUUAAAGACUCCAAGGACCUCAAGAGGCUUAAAGCUGCUGAAAGGAAGAUUGAAAACUUAGAGAAGACACUGCAGCUAAAGAUCCAAGAAAAUGAUGAACUAAGAGAUGCCCAUGAAAAACGCAAAGAAAGGAUGCAGAUGUUACAGACCAACUACAGAGCAGUAAAAGAGCAAUUAAAACAGUUGGAGGAAAACUAUAGCAAGACUGACAGAAACAAACAAAUGAGGAGAAGAGAGUCCCAGCAGUUCUUACAAGAAGAUUCUAAUGCUUUAUGGAAUGAGCUAAUAUAUUUCAAAAGGGAGCACCAGAAGCUAUUGAUUGAAAAUGUGAAUCUUGAAGAAGAAUUGGAUCAACUUAGAGUUUUUAAAUCUAUGGAGUUGGCUAAAAUGCAAGAAGUGAAUGCAUAUCUGGAACAAGAAAGAGAAGACCUACUCUACAGACUUUGUGAAGAUCAGGAAGUCAAGAAUGAUACUUCAGAGGAGAAGCUAAAACAAAAGUCAGAUGAGACAUUACAGAAGGUAACUGAUUUGGAAAAACGAUUGAAAGAUUUUGAGAAAAAGUCAAGGAAACUGAAAGAAGCAAAUAAAAAAUUAACUCAAGAAAAUGAUGAAAUGAAAUCUUCCUGUAAACAGCAGCAAGAUGAUGCAGAAGCAAAAGAAGAAGAGUUAACUCAUCUACGGAAAGAGAAGGAAGAUGUUGAAAGAGACAGAGCUAUUCUUGAAUUCAAGAUCAGGGAACUGGAGGUAGAAACCAAGGCUGGACGGCAGCAAAUAGUGGAAGUCAAGUUCCUAAACGAACAAGUGGCAGAAGUCAAUUUUUUGAAGGAGCAAGGAGUAGAAGUUAAUUCUCUGAAGGAAAGAAUGGCAGAAAUUAAUAAGAUGAGAAAAGAAAAUGAAAAGCUGAGGAUUCAGGUACAAGAAAUAGAGGAUACAAAUCAAAUUCAGAAAACUCAUCAAAUUCAGGAGAUGCAGAGAAUGCAACGGAUGCAAGAGAUGCAGCAGAUGCAAAAUAUGCAGUGUAUGAAGGAAAUGCAGUCAGUAGAACCAAGACAAGCAAUUCAGCCACUCCUACAGACCCCCAAACAGCCUCUAGUUCAGCUGCCAGCUCAGUUAUCAGCACAAGCACCAGUUCAGGUACCAGCACAGUUACCAGCUCAGCUACCAACACAACUACCAGUUCAGUUACCAAUACAGCUAACAGCUCAACUACCAGCACAAAUAUCCACUCAAUUACCAGCAAGAUUACCAACUCAGUUACCAACCCAGCUACCAGCUCAAUUACCAGCACAAAUACCCACUCGACUACCAACAAGAUUACCAGCUCAGCUACUGACACAGCUACCAGCUCAAUUACCAGUACAAAUACCCACUCAACUACCAGCAAGAUUACCAGCUCAACUACCAACACAGCUACCAGUUCAGCUACCAAUCCAACUAUCAGCUCAACUACCAGCACAAUUACCAGUUCAGCUACCAACACAGAUACCAGCUCAGCUACCAGCACAACUGCCAGCUCAGCCAUCACCACAACUGCUAGCUCAACUACCAACACAGAUACCAGCUCAGCUACCAACACAGCCACCAGCACAGUUACCAAUACAGCUACCAACUGAGUUUCCAGCCCAGCUAUCAACUCAUUCUCUAGUCCAGCCACCAGAACUUCCAGCCCAAGUGCAGCUACCAGCACAACCUCUAAUCCAGUUGCAAGUGGAGCCAGUUCAGCUGUACUUGGAGAAAGCUAUGCCUAAGGAGCCCAUUCUGGAAGUAGUGAGCACUGAACAAUGUAGACAAUGUAAGACAACUACCACCAAGGUUAAAUUUAAAGCAGCCAAGAAAAAAGGUGCCACGGGACAUCCCCAGGCUUUUCUCAAUCAGUCCAUCAAGGUUAUGAGCAAUAUGUUUGAGAACUAUAAGGACGACUGGGAGGAUGUGAGUGAAAGCAGUGAUUCUGAAGAACUGAUCUCUCAAAACCUAGGAACAAUCAUUGUGAAAACAUCCCAAAAAGUCAGUCCAAGAAAAGUUGAGGGGAAGCAGACAGAAGAACAAGCAGAAGGGAAGAAACAAAUUGUAUUAGCUAUAGAAAAUCCAACCAAAAAGGAUAGCUAUAAUAAGGAUUGUAGAAGAUCAUUUUCACAGAAGAAGAAAAUUCAUGCUUUGAGGAAGGCAUAUGCACCAGCCACUACUAAAGUUAACAAAGAGAAUGAGAACAAUGUAAACUUUGCAAAACCAGUAUUAAAUGAAAGAGUUGGAUCCAUGCAACAGCAAAUCAAUAUGCUACAGGAUUUGAAAAAGUCUACUGAAGUUUCUAUUAAGGAAUUAAAGGAUGCCAAUGAAAAGCUUACACAGCAACAAGAAAUAACUGAUCAAAAACUUCAGACUACCAAACAAACUGUAAAGAAGCAAAAUUCAGACUUGGUUGAACUUCGCAAAGAGAAGGAAGAAUUACAAAAGAAAUUGGAGACUGCAAAUGAAGCUAAAUCUGUAAUAGAAACUUCGAAGAACAUGCAGGCAGAAAUUAAACAGCUACAGUGUAAAUUAAAGAAUACAACAAAUGAAAUGACUAAGCUGUCAUCAGAUAUAAAGUCUCUAAAAUGUGAAGUAAAGGAAAAAGAAGAACAGAUACAAGAAUUUCAAGGAAAAGUGUCUCGAAUGGAGAGGGAUUUAGUCAUGAAGAGACAUUUGAUAGAGCACUUUAAGCAGCGACAGAAAGUUAACUUGGAAAAUAAUGACAACUUUAAUGAUUUGUUAGAAAAUCUUGAGAAAAAGGUAAAAGGAUUGACUGAAGAUUGUAGUAACAAGAAAACGGCAAUUGAUUCACUGAAGCAAAUGCUUAAUGUAGUUACAAAAGAGAAGUCACGUUAUGAACAGAUGUAUAUAAAAGCUAAAGAUGAGCUGGAAAAAAAGGAUCACAAGUUUACUCACCUACUAAAUAAAAUGAGUGAGACAAAAUCGGCUAUGACAGAGCUUGAAGCAAUUGCUUCUCAGCAGCUCCAUGGAUUAGCUUUGCAAAGUGAACGGGCUUUUGAAACAGUGCAUAUAAAACUAAUGCGAGCCAAUGAUCGAGAAGAAGAAUUCAUCACAUUUUUGAAGGGUUUAGCUAAAGCAAUAUUACAUAAUAUUCAAGAGAUGAGGUCGCGAAUAAGACAUAUUAAAAAAAUAAGACAUAAUAAAACAUUUACCAAAACUUCAACCCAAAAAGUCCAGUGUUUGGCAGCUUCUAUCCUAAAUAUUUCACCAACUGAUGUAGAAGAAAUGUUAGAUUCAGAAGAUGAAGAGGAAUUGAAAAAAGCAAAGAGGGCCUGUGAACAAGAUAAGGAGUGGCUAAGAUACAUUAAUAAAAUUCUUGAAGAACAGUUUCCAUUUGCUGCACGUUUAUUAGAAGCAAUAAUGGAAAAAAUAAAUGAGAAGAAGAAACUGGUUGAAGAAUAUAUUAAAUUUAUGAAAGCUGUUGGAUAAUAUUGCAGUGGACUGUUUUUCAAAAUAUAAAAGUUUUUUAAUGUGAUAUGAUUGGAAAAAAUAUGAAUUAUAAUCUGAUACAGUAACUAUUCCAACUAUCAAUAGUCAGGUUCAAUACAAAAAAAAAAAACAGGAGUCUUUGAAACUAAUUAAUUGUCAAACAAAUGAAAUUAAUUAGGUGAAUAACCAUUUAAAAGGAAAUAGUGUAGCAUUUGAUUGUUGAAUACAAAUAUUGCCACAAAUCAAUGCAAACUUAAAAAUGAUUUUUCCUUCCAGUGCAUUUGAAGUCUGAACAAGCUGAGAAUAUACAAAUUGACUUAAGUAUACAGAGGAAGCAGCAGAUACUUAGAAUCUAUAAUGUUGAGGUUUUAGGAAGAAAAAAUACUAAAAGUAUUUUUUCUCUUAACAAGGCUGCAAGUUAUAUUGUAUUUUAUAGAAGUGAGUAGACAGUUUGCUUUGUAAACAAAUAUUAAAUAAAGCAUUAUAAGUUAAGGAUAAGCUAUUAAUAAAAUAAUAAAUUGUAU